UUAAUGCUGGAGUCGAUGGUCGUAAGCGAUCUCCUCGGGAACGCACUCCGGGCCCGUAAAGGCGCCCGCCCGGCUCCCACCGGACACGCCCCGCCCCUGGGCGCGCCCCUCAGGGCUCGCAGCUCCCGUCAGGCCCUGCUGCGCGGCCGCUGCGGCAGCGGCGGGAGCUUCGAGCCGAUGGAGGUCUCCCUGGAGGAGAAGACCAAGCGGGUUGCAUUAUGGCUAGAGAAACAAUGUGGGCAUCGGCCUUUCCCAUACCACCAGAUAAAUGGAGAGAUAAUCGAUGCCUUUUAUCAGCUUGCAACAUACAGUGAAGAUGUUGACAAGCAUUUUGAUUUACUGAUAGAAGACAUGAAGCAGAGUGCAACGAAAUAUGAAGAAAAAGCUAACUAUCUGCAGGACAUUCUCACAAAAAGACUGGGUAUCUCCCUAUCCAGUCUGUCCAGUGAAAGCCUCAGCAACAUCGAAGUCCUGGUGAACAGUGCAAUGACACUUGACACGAAGGACACCUCUCUUACCAGCUUCUUCAGUGCUAUCAGUGACAUGACUUCCAAGCUGUAUAAAACUGAAUUAAAAAACAGAGAAAUGGAAAUGGCAUUGAGAAAGAUGAAGGGAAAAAUAGCUGCAGCAGUGAUACGAGAAAACCAGCUGGAUGAGGAUCUUAACAAAUCGAGGAAACAAGUGGAAUGGUACAAGGUCAAAGUUGAGAAAGAAACAAAGACUUCUGACUUCCUGAAAAAGAAAGUUGUGGAAAUGUCCAUCAGAAUCAAGGCUGCUAAGCAGCGACUUGUUGCCACAGAGUUGGACAAGUCAGUGACACAUGAGACACUCGUGAACCUGUCUGAGAAUCUGGCUGAAGAGCAGAAAAGACUAGAGAAUUUGAAUAGUAAACUGGAGUCCUACCUAGAUUUACCUCCUAGUAUUCUUCUUGCACAAGUGAAGGUUGAAGAAGCAAAACGAGAACUGAAUGCCGUGGAAGAAGAGAUGACAGAGGAAGUUAAUAAGAUAUUUUUUAAGGAAAUUUAGGAAACUUAUUAGCCUCCUUAAGGAAACUGCAGUUCACCUGAAGUGGCCUGCUGGAAGAAGAUUUCCUUUCUUUUGCCUAUUUGUUUGCACUAGUAAAACAUUUGGAAUUCUUUCUGUACUUCUGCAGCUUUUUGCCUUUCUCUCAUUGCUGCUGGAUGGCACACUGGUUACCUUCCAGCAAGUAUGCUUAUAUUUAGAGGUUCAUGUAACCUUGCAUUUGUAAACAUUGUAUAUUUCUCAUAAAAUAACCUCCAGACUUAC